CCUAAUUUGACACAUGAGGUAUGUAACCAAUAAAUAUUGUUGAGUUUUGAAGUAAUAUUUGGAAACUUUUGUACAUAUUCUUGAAUGCAUUCUUGAUUUUUGCAGGAGACAAUGAAUGAAUCAGAUGAUGACACUCCUGCCCUUGAUACUCAAGUAUUCUCUCCUAAUCUGACAAAAGAGGUAUAUGCUCAAUGAUAUUGUUUUCACAGUUGGAGUUUACAAAUUAGUUUUGGGUGAUUUUUUUUACAUAUAAAGGCUUUUCUGAUUUUUGACAGAAAGAAACAAGUGAGUCACCUGCUGAGAGGCCAUCCAAUCCUAAUCAAGAUGGAAAACCAGAUGAUGAGGUAAUAUUUAUUCUAGAAAUUAUAGUUGAAUGUAUUCAUGAUGGCCUUUCCUGAUAUUUUUUUGCAGAUUGUGAGAGAGAAAUUAACAAGGGAGUCACCUGCUGCUCAGAGUCAAGUUUCGCAGAAAGAAACAGUGGAAAUGAAUGAGACACCUUCUUCUCCAAUAGCUCCAAAGAGUAUUGAAACUCCCGUUUAUACUCCAAGUCAGACUCAGCAGGUACAUGAUUGAGAGAGAGCCAUCGGAUGACACGCCUGCCCUUGAUAGUCAAAUUUUCACUCCUAAUCUGACAAAAGAGGUAUAUGCUCAAUGACAGUUGGAGUUUACAAUUAGUUUUGGGUGAUUUACAUAUAUAGACCUUUCUAAUUUUUGGCAGAGGGAAACACAAACCUCUACUGAUGAGACGCCACCCAAAACUAAUCAAGAAGAAGGAAAAACAAAUGAUGAGGUAAUAUUUACUCUAGAAAUUAUAAUUGAAUGUAUUCAUGAUGGUCUUUCCUGAUAUUUUUUGCAGAUUGUGAUUGAGUCACCUGCUGCUCAGACUCAAGUUUCGCAAAAAGAAACACUGGAAAUGAAUGAGACACCCUCUUCUCCAAUAUCUCCAAAGAGUAUUGAGGCUCAAGUUUUUACUCCAAUUCAGAAACAGCAGGUAAAUGCUCAAAAAAUCUUGGUGAUUUCAAGUAAUGUUUGGAAGCUUUUGUACGUGUUUUUGAUCCCCUUCCUGACUUUUUUUGUUUUUUUUUGCAGACGGUAACAGAGGGAACGUAUGAGGCUACACAACCAUUGACUGAGAUCAUUUCAGCAAACAAUAAAAAGGUAAGCAUAGAAAUGUCUUUCAUAAGUACAACUUGAAUUUUAAAUUGUAGAAACUUCUUCAUAACUACCUCUUUUAUUUUAUUGUUAUUACAGGAGGAUACACAUGCUGUGCAUCACACACCUUCCUCUCCAUUGUCUUCACUAAUUGCACUAGUUAUUGAAGAAAAUAAGAAUGCUUUGGUAAGAAGAAAUAUUUAAAAUGUUUAUGUAAUAUUUUUCUAUUCAACUAACUCUUACCAUUUACUUUUGUCUUAUAGAGUGAGACAGAAACUGCGACCCAAUAUUUUUCUCCAAGUGAGGGAGAGGAGACACAAUCAAGCAGAAAGAAUCAAGCAGAAGAAAAUCUCAAGGAUACUACAAAACAUACAACUGAGCUAGUUUCCACAGAUGUUUCGAAGACACAGCCUCUUACACAGCCUCUUACUCAGCAAACACAUCACCUUCAGACAAGUGAGGGAGAGCAAUUCGAUGAGACACCAUCAGAGCAGAAUCAAGCAGAAGAAAAUCUCAAGGAUACUACAGAACCUACUACUGAGCUAGUUUCCACAGAGCCUACUACUGAACCUACUACUGAGCAUGUUUCGAAGAUACCGCCUAUUACUCAGAAAACAGAGCAUCUUCAGACAAGUGCUAUAGAUUUUUCAGAAACAAACGAGGUUGAAGAAAGGUUGUUGAUCUUAAACUGUGUGAAGGACUAGAGGAGCUGACAGUUGAGUACACGACACUCUUCGCAGACCAACAUAGACUUCAGAAACUUCAGGAUACUAUCACGGCUGACAAAAUACGUCCUGCAACACCAACUAGUGACCAAAAAUCCUUUGAGAUGAUGGAUAAGGUAGAAGUCUUUUACAACAAUGGCUGGAGCAGCGGACAAAUUAGCAUGGUACUUGGUGAUAACACAUACUCGGUGUGUCUAUACUUCUAUGGAAACUAUUCUAUUCAAACAUUCAGAUUUGCGAAUUCAUAGAGAAUGGAAAGAUGGAGUCUGGAAGAUGGCAGAUAAGGUGAAGCCUGAUAAGAAAAGGAAAGCUGCUGCCUCAUCACAAAAUUCAGGAAUGGAUAAUGUUUUCCUAAGAAGGAGCGAGAGGGUGCCUAAACGAUCUAGAGACACAAAAACUCCAUUCAAGUCUGAAAGAAAUCCGACUUUAACUGUAAUACAUGAGAUUAUACCUGCAGUUGAUCCGUUUUCAACUCCUGCGGAACAUAAGCUUUCAAGGCUUCAAAAUUGGAUGACAUUAAAGCCCGGCAUGCAUGAAACGUCCCUAUCAAUCAAUGAUAAUAAGAUAAGGAAAUCUUUCUUUCAAAGCAUGGAAAAUGCAAAAAAGGACCUUAAGAAAGAGCACAUUGAUGGAGCCUUUGCAAUGCUAAAUUGCAGAAGAAAUGAGAAUGCUGCUUGGUUCCACAACUACAAGAUUCCAAAGGCGUGCUUCCUACCUAUGGAGUUCUUGCAUUGCUUGCUCUCUCAUGAUUUGGCUUACAAGAAAGAAAAGGUCAAAGGUAAAAAGAUUUUCAACGAUUUAUUUAAAGAUAUUGUAAGAGGGAAGGUAUAUCCAGAGAAGACAUGGGGAGAAGAUGUUGAUGUUGUGUAUGGGAUUACUCUUGGAAAAAAAAGCAAUGUCUGGAUUGGGAUGGAAAUUCAUUUGAAGAAGAAAAGAAUCACAGUAUAUGAUUGUUUUCAAAAGGAAAGCAACAGCAUUGAUAUUCCUCAAGUGAAAAAGUUGGCAGUGUUGAUUUCUGAUCUGCUGGUGGAAUCUUCUGGUGAUGAGGUAGAUAAAGUGAAGAUGAUUCCAUUUGAGGUUGAGCAGGCACAAGGUUUACCCAAGACAAAACAUCCUUUCAACUGUGGGAUAUUUCUUGUCAAGAUUCUGGAGUGCCAGUCAUUGAAGAUAGGAGACAUGACAAAGAUUAAUGAUGACAAUGCAUUGGAGCUAAGGAGAACCUUGUCUUGUGAGAUCUUCAACCAAUUUGUGGAUGAGAGCUUUGGGAAAUGAGAAUGAUGCAUCAAAACAUUUUUUGUUUUAGUUAAGACUCGGUUUUAGUUAUGACUGUUUAUUUUGUUAUGUUGUUGGCGUCUGGUUACAUAAGAAAGAUUGGAAGGAUAUCAAGUA